AUGUCCUACCACUCAAGGGUGAAGCCAACAAAGUCGGGUCGCCUAUGGCAUCACGAGACCGAUGGAGGCCCAGCCCCCGGGUCUGAACUGGCCAUGCAGUUGCUCAGCCAGAAAAGGCCACGCCCUUCGACGUCCGGCGCAAUGGUUGUGAGGCAGGCAGAAGACCCGCUUCUGGACUUGAAGUCCCACCUCGGUCAGUCUCUGCCCGAUGUGCGAGUCCGAUUUAUCUCUGGGCACAGCGGCUCUGGUCGUCGCCAGCUGCCUGCGUGCCUGGCGAGUGGCCCGCCAAUGGCUCUUAUGCCGCAGCCCCUGCAGAGCGCUCUCGUGCCCAUGCCGAUGCCGCCGACGAUUCCCGCCAACUGGGGCCCUCAGUUCUCGCACCACUCGAGUGGGUGUGUGACACCGUUGCAUUGUCAGAAGCCUUGGCCGGGUAAUGGGCCUGCUCCUGCACUGAUGCUGGAGCCUCCGCCGGUCGAGGCCCCAAAGGUGGUCAAGGCCAAGUGGAUAGAAGUGGCGGAGGAUGCCGACAUCGUCAAGGAGGGCUGGCCGGCGAUGGCCCCUGCCCUUCUCUACGAUACUGCGGCGCAAGAUCUUCUGUGCUCGGCCUCGUACUUGGUCUACGAGCUCGCUGGCGCUGCAAUGGAUAACAUGACCUUGGCCCACGACUGGGAGUGGAAAGAGUUCCCUGACAUCGCAGAUGCCCUCAGGCAGUCAGGCAUGAUCGAGUACCCCUACUGCUUGGCCACUGUUACCUUGGGAGACAAUCGGCAGAAAUGGGCUGUGGGCGUUGCUACGAAUGGGAAGCACCGUACCCACGCGGCCAAGCUGGCGUUGGCAAUCGCGCUGGCCGCCGACGCGCAGUCCUUGCGGGACAGCAUCACAAACCAUCCGGGAUUCCGUGAGCUUCUGGAGGCUUCUGGCAUCUACACCGGGGACACACUAACGCCCCCCGCCGACGCCAUAGAACUGAUGGGCACUGAGCGAAGGUCCAAGCGGCGACGCCGCGCAGCUCUCAACUCGGCAGAGUCCGUGCUCCCGCCGAAGAUGCCCUUGGGUGCAGCGGCCGGCAAGGCUUGGAGUGACUGGCACUACAAGACCAUCCUUUGUCGAGAGUUCGUGCAGAACCUCGCCUGUCCAAGAGGUGAGAGCUGCUACUACGCCCAUGGCAAGGAGGAGUUGCGGAAGCCCGGGGAGGGCAGUCGUGAGACGAUGCCCCGGAAUUCGGGCCCCUCGCCCGGCAAGAAUGGCCAGGAGCUCCUGAGCAUCAAGCAGGAGCCCGAGGAGGUGGCCAGCCAGUGUGUGAAAUUUGAGAAGCUCCUCUGGGCGGAGCUGGACCCUCUUGAGGACAUGCCGGAGAAGCUGGAGGGCCUUCCGAUGGAGGGCUUGGCGCUGUGGCUUCCGAACAGUACCUCCAACGCGCGAAGGUCUAGCUCCUUUUCCAACCAAGCAGACCAGAUCCUGUCCAAUAUCCUAGGCGACGAGGCGCAGGAGCUCAUCCUUAUGGACGAUUCGGAGUGGAAGAACCUGCCCAUUAUUGGUGCCGCCAUCAAGCGCAGAACGCAGACUGAGGAGUGCAUCACGGUCGCGAUUUCGCCGACGCGGUCUCUGUGGGCUGUGGGCGUUGGCAUGAAAGGUAAGCAGAGGUGGAUUGCAGCAAAGAUUGCGAUGGCUGCCUCCGUGGCCCUGCAGCAGGCAGAGAUUUUGGACGAAGCACACGACUUCUCAGCCUUCCCAGUGAUGGAGGGCCUCGUCCGUGAAGCAGGUGAGGCGAAGAAGCUUCUUCUGAACUAG